UUCGCCAAACAGAAGCUGUUUUCUGGUGGGACUGGGAGAGCGAGGUGUCUCUUCACAUGUCGCUGCCUCCACUGACUUGGAAAAUAGCUCAUGAAAUCAAGUGUCAGUAUUUGUGGGGGGGGAUUUGCAAUUGUUGGCUUCAUCUCUGUCGAUAGGGAAUGAAUGACGAGACAACACCGGGCAGUUGCAAGAUAAACUCUGGGUGCUCCAGUAUUGAGCAAAUGCUGGCUGUGAACCCCGGCAAGACACCCAUCAGUCUGCUACAGGAGUAUGGAACGCGGAUAGGUAACACCCCAGUGUAUGACCUGCUCAAGGCCGAGGGCCAGGCGCACCAACCCAACUUUACGUUCCGCGUGUCCGUGGGAGAGAUCAGCUGCACCGGCCAGGGGCCCAGCAAGAAGGCUGCCAAACACAAGGCAGCAGAGGCCGCCCUGAAGAUGAUGAAAGGAGGACUAGGGGGACCAGUGGUAUUGGGAGAAGGGUUUAUUGGGGCGGAAGAGCCUUUGGAUGGGGACAGUUCUCCGUCAGAGAUGAAGACUUCAGGUAGCGGCACGUCUCAGCAGUCAGAAUGCAACCCUGUGGGAGCUCUGCAGGAGCUGGUGGUUCAGAAAGGCUGGCGUCUGCCAGAGUACACCGUGACCCAGGAGUCGGGGCCUGCCCACCGCAAGGAGUUCACCAUGACAUGCCGGGUGGAGAGAUUUGUUGAAAUUGGCAGUGGCACAUCGAAGAAACUAGCCAAGCGGAAUGCAGCAGCUAAGAUGUUGUCCAGGAUCCACGAUGUUCCUGUAGACCUGAGGAGCAGCCACGAGACUGAGCCUGAGGAUGACACUUUUAUCAUGAACAUGGGUGGGGGCAGGGUGGAGGCAGGGAAGUGUAAAGGUCUGGGCUGUACCUGGGACUCUCUGAGGAACUCUGCUGGGGAGAAGAUGUUGCAGCUAAGGAGCCACCCUCUGGGCAUGCCCAGCUCUGACUUCUGCUCUCUGCUACACGACCUCUCAGAGGAGCAGCGCUUUGACGUCAGCUACCUCGACAUAGAGGAGCGCAGUCUGAGCGGUCUGUGCCAGUGUCUGGUAGAGCUAUCCACUCAGCCAAUCACGGUGUGCCACGGCUUCGCACCCAAUCAGGACGGUGCCCGCGCCAGCGCAGCCCACAAUGCACUGCAAUACCUCAAAAUCAUGGCUGGGGGGAAGUGACUGUCUCCCAGACCAACCUCUCUCCAUGGCAACGACCUAGACCCUGAUCACAUGACACAUCCACCUCGGAGGGUGGAAGCAUCUUCCAACCAAUGGUGGUCAAGGGAAGUAACCAUUGAUUGAUCCAGAAUUACCCAUGAUGUGGGAAUUGGAAUUUGUCUGUCCCCCCCACAGCCCUGUAGUUCUAUCUGGUCUGUUCAUUCCUAAAUGCCCCCUGAAGAUAUCCCACAUAGCCCUAGAUAAUUUGUCCCUAUGCCUUGAAGAUAUCCCACAUAGCCCUCAAUGACCUCUUGAUUGGCUACACCAUUUAUUUGGAUGGUCAGUCACCCACCUCCUCUGCUGUCACAGGCCUAGAGAGAUACUCUGCAGGGAAAGGGCCAAAUACAUUUGACAACAACCCCUGUUUGACUGUAGCCUCCUUGACUGUUUUAUUUGUUUUGCCACAUCUACAAUGAUUGGCUUUGGUUGCCUUUUCAUUAGCUAGUAAGUACUUUGUCGUCAACCAAAAAUACCUCUCCCCCCGUUGAAGAAGUCUUGGCCUGAAUGAAGUCUAAUUUUGGACAUUGAAAAGUGGACCUUUUAACGACAUGAAUUCUUAAAUUAGAGACUUGUGUACUUUUAUUGCCAAGUAGACAAGAUCCAGCCCAUCUGUCUGUCUUGUCAUUUGUGUUAAGUAAUUGACCAUUUUUUUUUUUAAAGAAGAGUCAUCUGAUAACUGUUAAAAGGUGUACAUUUUUAAAUUGUCAUUGCUUAACAUCUGAAAUGCAAAAUGUGAGUUUUGGAAUUUACAUUUACCAUUGAUUAUUUUCUUUGUUAGACCUCACAAAACCCUGUUUGAAAUUGUGAAUAGAUUACUGUGAUUUAAAAUGGGUAAUUUUAGAUGUUAGUUAAUAGCUGGUUGCUCUCGUAAAACCGUGUCAAUGGCCUCUCAAUGAAUUGAUAAUAUCACUUCCCUUCAACUGUAGUUGUUCAUGUCUGAAAUGGACCAUCUAAUUAGCCUGUGUGCCAGUCUGUUCAAGGUCUCUUACCCACUACUUAUGGAAUUGCAAUGUUAAUACAAUGACAAUAGAGUAGGCCAAAAGCACAAACAGAUCUGGGACCAGGCUAAUUUGAGAUGGAAUUGUAUCGCUGCAUUUAAUAUAGUAGAUCAUCUAAGUUGGAUUCUCUUGCACAACGGCUGACUAAUCCACUCCUCUACUUCCUGUUACAUGCUAAUGGUAUAGCCUGAACUCUAUAUCCUCCCGUGUUCACUCCCACCAGUUCAGAUAGUCAAGCCUUCAUGGUUUCAUAUGGGAGGUUGAGUCAAGAAUAGUCUUGGUAGCGAGUGCCUGAAGUAUACUGGCUUGUAGUAGGGUGACUUGGUCGCUGCUACAUCUCAUGAUGUGAGAGAAACACAACGUAACGUAUCUGAUUAGUUGGGUUAAAUGUGGAAGACCCAGUUCAACUGACUAGGUAUCCUCUCUUUUCCAAUGUUUGACAAUUGUGGGGACGUGUUGCCCAAAUACGUGGUCCAUCGCGGUUUUGAUUUGUUCCUUUUUGAAAUAAAAUACUUGUUUUCAGCGCAAAUCAAA